AUGGCAUCAACACCUGGUAGCCAGGAAGAUAUUCCUUUAUUGCCUAUGCCUUCGCCAAAUCCACUGCCGCUAUCAUCGGCGCAAGAAGCCCAGGUGCGCGAACUCUACUAUGCGCGGGUCCGCGGCCAUUGCGCGGCUGAAAUCAAAGCAUUCGCCGAAUGUGCACUUGGCCGCACGAUCACAGCCUCCUUUACCUGUCGAUCCCAGCGUCGACAAAUGAACAGUUGUAUGAUAUCCUUUGCCACGGUAGCUGAAGAGGAUGCGGCGCGCGAAGAAUGGUUUGCCACACGCCUCCGCCGCCAACGCGAACGUGAAAAGAAGGAAGAGCGGCGCCUCGAACAGGAAAAACUACACCGGGAAUGGUGGGGUCUGCCUCUCGAUGAGCGAAAAGCUGCCAAGGGCCAGGAAGUUCAGAGGAAAGCCGAACGAGUCGGUGGAUUUCCCCCUUCCCGGGAAAAAGAUCAAUCCGUAAAGGAUCAUGAACGCUGA